AUGGCUGCGUCGCCUGCGGACGCGUCCCGCAGGCGGCGGGAGAAGCGGCGGCAGCUGGAUGCCCGUCGCAGCAAGUGCCGCAUCCGCCUGGGCGGCCACAUGGAGCAGUGGUGCCUCCUCAAGGAGCAGCUGGGCUUCUCCCUGCACUCGCAGCUGGCCAAGUUCCUGCUGGACCGGUACACUUCGUCAGGCUGCAAGCUCUGUGCAGGUCCUGAGCCCGUGCCCCCGAAGGGUCUGCAGUAUCUGGUGCUCCUGUCUCAUGCUCACAGCCGAGAGUGCAGCCUGGUGCCUGGGCUGCGGGGACCUGGGGGCCAAGAUGGGGGGCUUGUGUGGGAGUGCUCAGCAGGCCACACCUUCUCCUGGGGCCCCUCUUCAGGCCCCACACCUCCAGAGGAGUCCAGUCCGGUCCCCCUAACAAGUGUUGGUCAGAGAAGCUGGUGCCCAGAGGCCGGGAAUGGGCAGGACCCUGCAGGUUUGGAAUCUGAGUGUGAUGAGAGGACUCCGGAGGCCAGGUUGCCCAGAGGGGUGGGACCCCCACCGGAGACCUUCCCCUCCCUAGGAGAAGGAGACGGAGAAGAGGAAGAUGAGGAUGAAGAGGAGAUGCUCAGUGAUGCCAGCCCGUGGACCUACAGCUCCUCCCCAGAUGACAGUGAGCCCGAUGCCCCCAGACCACCCCCUUCCCCUGUCACCCAUGCACUUAAGGAGGGGGAGACACUCCCGGCCCCUGCAACCGUCCCAGCUCCUCUUGCUGCUGCGCCAUCCUCAUCAGCACCCUCUUUGGGUCCUGGAGCUCCUCUGCCUGUGGAAGCCAGCACGCAGCCGGAGCUCAGUGGGACGCCUCAAGCAGCCCAGCAGACUGAGCCCCUGGCCAGCCCUGGGAGUCAGGCUCAGUCUGCUCUGGCCUCGGCAUGGGAUGAGGACACUGCUCAGAUUGGCCCCAAGAGAAUUAGGAAAGCUGCCAAAAGAGAGCUGCUGCCCUGUGACUUCCCUGGCUGUGGAAGGAUCUUCUCCAACCGGCAGUAUUUGAAUCACCACAAGAAGUACCAGCACAUCCACCAAAAGUCCUUCUCCUGCCCAGAGCCAGCCUGCGGGAAGUCCUUCAACUUUAAGAAACACCUAAAGGAGCAUGUGAAGCUGCACAGUGAUACCCGAGACUACAUCUGCGAGUUCUGCGCCCGGUCUUUCCGCACCAGCAGCAACCUGGUCAUCCAUCGGCGCAUCCACACCGGAGAGAAACCCCUGCAGUGUGAGAUCUGUGGGUUCACCUGCCGCCAGAAGGCCUCCCUGAACUGGCACCGGCGCAAGCAUGCGGAGACGGCGGCCGCCUUGCGCUUCCCCUGUGAGUUCUGCGGCAAGCGCUUCGAGAAGCCAGACAGUGUGGCAGCUCACUGCAGCAAAAGCCACCCAGCCUUGCUCCUGGCUCCACAAGAAUCAUCUGGUCCAUUGGAGUCCUGUUCCAGCAUCUCUGCCCCUGCAUCCCUGGGGGCAGAGGAGGGGUCCAGCCCCCCUCUGGCUCCUCAGGCUUCCACGCUGCUCCCUUAGCAGAGGGCAUUCCCUGGAAUUUGUGGAGCCAGGCCCCAGGGACUGAAAAGCAGCAAAAAAAAAAAAAAAAAAAAAGCCAGAUGCCUGGUCCCUGGGAACUAGGGUGAUGGGGAGUGCAGGGUAGGGGCAAGACAGGGCUCUAGGGGAGCCAGGCAACUUUAGUCUUCCUAAAGGACACAAUAAACCCAGUAUUUUACAUGAA